AUGACGCCCCGUCGAGUUUGGGUCAAGCGAUCGGCUUGCUCCGCGACCUUGGUAUCGCAUAUGGAGGAUGCUGUUGUAGAUGAGCUGCGCGACCAGGUGAUAUUGAAAUAUGCUAAUUCCUUAGGGAGGGAAUUUGAUUCUCCGGACAUUGUGACAACAAUUACUCCUCGUCAGGACCCAAAUCGACAGGCCCAGCAACCGCGUCUCCUCAACCCGGAUGAAAUGUUGUCAUCAGUGCUUGACACAUACUACCCUGGGGGUCAAACAAUAGAAGAGGCGCUGGUGAUUGACGUGCCCACGCGCUAUAACCAGAGGCCAUCACCACAUUUUGCAUCUUAUAGUCAUGACAAUUCGGAGUCUGACAAGCAUGGCGACUCAUUUCCUUUUAGGCUCAGCAAAAAUGCUUUGGUGUCACCUCCGCACCCACAAAGUUCUUUCGCUAGCACCGAGCCGCCAUCUCGCUCAGUACGCAGUACUGAUAUCGUCCCUUCGCUGCUUUCGCCUGGGAGCGUUGUUUCGCAGCAUACUUUAGAUUCACCAGUGACGCUUUGUCAAUUACCCACGACAGAGCCCAUCGACUCUUCUCAUGACAAAUAUUUCCCCGCUGCCUUGUCUCCGACUGCUCCAGUAUCGCUCUCACUAGCGAAUGAGUUUCUCAAGACAAGGACAGACACGUCCCCAGCGCCAGCCAUAUCUCCACGAUCACUUCGAACAAGGAAAAACGGUUCAUCGCCAGGCGCAGCCCUUGGCGGCUUGAUUGAUGGCACUGUACCGCCAAUCAAUGUCCUCAUCGUGGAGGACAACAUCAUCAACCAGAGGCUGCUGGAAGCAUUUAUGAAACGACUGAACGUACGUUGGAAGUGUGCAGCUAACGGCGAAGAAGCCGUGCGGAAAUGGCGACAGGGCGGGUUCCAUUUUGUGCUGAUGGACAUCCAAUUGCCCAUCAUGGACGGGUUGGCCGCUACUCGAGAGAUCCGGCGGCUCGAGCGACUGAAUGGAAUUGGCGUUUUCCCCAAGACAGGCUCUGGUCGCUCCAGUGUCUCAAGCUCUAUCGCAAAAUGUCCACUAGGAAAGAGACCAGCGUCUCAGCGAACGUCAAGUGAAGAGGACACCCUGGGUAAUAUCUCUUUAUUUCGUAGUCCGGUGGUCAUUGUCGCGUUGACGGCCAGCAGCUUGCAAAGCGACCGUCAUGGUGCAUUGGCUGCUGGAUGCAACGAUUUCCUGACUAAGCCCGUGAGAUUUCCAUGGCUUGAGCAAAAGGUGACGGAAUGGGGCUGCAUGCAGGCACUUACUGAUUUUGAGGGCUGGCGGAGAUGGCGCGGAUUUAUAGACUCGCCGGAAUACGUCUCUCCCACCGACGACAGCGGUGCUGGUAACGACAAUUCCUACAGCCCGAUGCAUACAGACAUAUAA